AUGCAUGACGCUUUUAACCAAGAGUUGCAUCGAGAAAGACUGUAUGAUCUAAACGCUUUGAAAGAAUUAAUUCAAACAAAUCUUCCACUGUUAAAUGAACAACAGAAGUAUGUAUUUGAAACUCUUAUGAAAGUAACAAAUGAUGAAACUGGAGGGAUUUACUUCUUAGAUGCACCUGGUGGUACAGGAAAAACUUUUUUGAUUUCAUUAAUAUUAGCAACAAUUCGCUCACAAAAUAAAAUUGCACUUGCACUCGCUUCGUCGGGAAUCGCAGCAACUUUGCUUGUAGGUGGUCGAACAGCCCAUUCAGCAUUAAAAUUGCCAUUAAAUAUGCAAAGCAAUAAAACUCCAACCUGUAACGUUUCGAAGAACUCUGCAAUGGCAAAGGUUUUGCAGCAAUGUAAAUUAAUUGUUUGGGAUGAAUGCACGAUGGCACAUAAAAAAUCUUUGGAGGCUUUAGACAGAACCUUAAAAGAUCUACGGAGCAAUAAUAACCGAUUUGGUGGUGCAAUGAUUUUAUUAGCAGGAGAUUUUCGUCAAACAUUGCCAGUGAUUCCACGAUCAACGCCAGCUGAUGAACUCAAUGCAUGUCUAAAGUCCUCCAAUUUGUGGAAACAUGUCAAAGUACUUCAUUUAAGCAAGAAUAUGCGUGUCGAGUUGCAAAAUGACCAAUCUGGAAACAUAUUCUCUAAACAACUCAUUGACAUUAGUAAUGGCAAAUUACCUAUAGACAUGUUGACUGGCUGCAUUAACUUUCCUCAAAGUUUUUGUCAAUUAACUCAAUCAAAAGAUGAACUUAUUCAGAAGGUGUUUCCAGAAGUUUCUCAAAAUUACAGAAACCAUGAUUGGUUGAGCGAACGAGCUAUACUGGCUGCAAAAAACAUAGAUGUAAAUGAAUUAAAUUUCAAAAUUCAAGAACAAAUUACAGGCGAAUUGAGGAUAUAUAAAUCAGUUGAUUCGGCUACUAAUCAAGAUGAUGUAGUCAACUAUCCACCGGAAUUUUUAAACUCGCUGGAUUUGCCAGGAUUGCCACCUCACAAUCUUCAAUUAAAGGUCGGAUCGGUGGUUAUAAUGUUGCGAAAUAUCAACCAACCGCGUCUUUGCAACGGUACACGGUUAGCGAUAAAAAAAUUACUAAACAAUGUGAUAGAAGCAACUAUACUCAAAGGAAAGUAUAAAGGAGAAGAUGUUCUCAUACCGCGCAUCCCAAUGAUUCCGACUGAUGUGCCAUUUGAGUUUAAACGACUACAGUUUCCAGUGCGGCUAGCUUUUGCUAUGACUAUAAACAAGUCCCAGGGGCAAUCAUUAAGUGUUUGUGGUAUUAAUCUAGAAAACCCAUGUUUCUCACAUGGUCAAUUGUAUGUUGCCUGUUCCCGUGUUGGAAAACCAUCAGAUUUGUUUAUCUAUGCGCCAGGUAAUCAAACAAAAAACAUCGUAUACCACAAAGCACUACAAUGA